CUCUCGACAAACAAGGCGCGUCUAGAUUCCUAACUCGGAGGCUGCAUCCGGGCCACCGCAGGGAUCGAGUUACGACGCGGGCGUGCGAAUGUCAAGGAACCCCGGCUCGGCACCGCUCCGCGCGGCUCGGCGCGGCGGCGGCCGCGUCACGCUCGUCGCGCCGCUACUGUCAGUCGCAGCCGACAUGUCUGCGCGCGUGCUCGCCUGCAGAGCCGCCGACACCGCCGCUGUCGCCGUACUGCUCGUACUCGCCGCGCAACUCGCCAAGUGUGAGAACAUCAAGUGUGUCAGAGAUGGGCUGUACGCAGAUUACGAGCAGGAGUGCAAGGAGUACGUGCGAUGCAGCGCCGGCGCGGUGACGGGCCGCUACACCUGCGCACCCGGACGCACGUUCAGCGAGGUGGCCGGCGCGUGUGUGCCGCGGCGCCGCCAGCCCUGCGUGCGCCGCGAGUGCGCACUCACAGACACUUUCGCGUACGCGACGCCCGGCACCGCCUGCAGACAUUACUACCGCUGUGAGAACGGAACUGCCGUCGACCGCACGUGCCCCUCCGGCUCCUGGUUCGACCUCGACCGCCAAGCGUGUGCUCGCGGCGCCGGCACCUGCUACGAACCAGUGUGUGCAGGACUGCCGGACGGCGAAUACCCCGAUCCCUCACAUGAAUGCCGCCGCGUACUUCGCUGCUCGGGAAGUGAUCUCCGCGCCGUCGCGUCUUGUACUAAAGGAACUUGUGCAAAUCCCUGUCCACCGCCGCGAUCGGCGGCAGUGCCCUUGCCUGCCGGAGACGCUGACUUCUGUUCUGAUGAAGCUUGCUCCUCGCUGUGUCAAAACCAACCUGACGGUGCCUACCCCGACCGCACCGCAGGAUGUCGUGAAUACUUUGUGUGCGAAGCUCAUCGCGUUAUUCGACGUGGUGUCUGUGAACCAGGCAUGUUGUUUGUGAACGGCGGGUGUGAGUCGGCCGCGAGAGUCACCUGCCCACCGCCAGCGCUGAGUCCAUGUUUUAACCGACCAGACGGUGUAUAUAGAGACUGGAAUUCGUGUUCAGCUUGGUACGACUGCCGACGAGAACGUGUGGUUUCACGAGAUUCUUGUUCGCCCGGACUAGUAUUCGAUGGCGCCCGAUGUGUACCAACAUCUCAGUUUUAUUGCCGUGGUCCAGAACCGUCACGUGAGUGCGAAGGAUUACCCAGUGGAACUUACCAGGAUUUGGAUUCAAACUGCACGCAAUACUUUCACUGUGAAGGCUCGCUCCGGACCAAGCUCGCGUGCGGGCCGGGGCUAGCAUUUGACGGAGCUCGCUGCUCUCCUAUUGAACGUUAUCUAUGCCCAAGUUUAGAGCAGGACUCUUGUUACGGUCGGCCAGACGGCCGUUAUCGCGCUGUGAAUGCCGGAUGCCGCGGGUACUACGUUUGUUUUGGUGGAGAAAAAGCAGUUUACGCGUGUGCAGCAGGACGUGUAUUCGACGGCGAAGCUUGCGUGCCGGCGCGACCCGGCCUGUGUCUGCGCGAAGAUUAUUCUUGCGAAGGACUCGCCGAUGGAUACCAUCCUGAGUUGGAAUCCAGUUGCCACAGAUACUUCUAUUGCGAGGGUGGAGAUCGGCUAGCGACACUCUCGUGCUUGGGCGGCAAGAUUUUCGACGGGCACACGUGUGUGCACCCCUCGCACCACGAGUGCGGCGCGCCGCCGAAGAACUCGAUCGAGUACGGCGGGAGGCAGUGCGAGCGCGACGGGUUCUUCCUGCAGCAGGGCACGUCGUGCAAGAGGUACUACUUCUGCGUGACGGGCUCGCGCACGUACCUGUCGUGUCCGCCGGGCCAGGUGUUCAGCGGGCAGGUGUGCGUGCCGGCGGCGCAGUACUCGUGCCCGGGCUGAGCGCGCGCGCGGGAGCGCUGACGUCACACACGCGCCGCCGCGCCUGCCGCGGCCGGGCCCGGGGCCGCCCUCCGCGGGGGGGACGUACCUGAUACUAUAUUAUACGGCUGUGAAUGUUUAUUUAAUUCCGGUGGGAUUAAUUGCGUAUGAGCAUUAUCUUUCGAUCACUCACCACCCCAAAUUAUAUGAGCUCGUAUUGUAAUAAUACACGAAUUAUUCUCACUUUAUUUAUUUGCAUAGAAACUUUAAGCGACCUAUGUGUCAUAUAUUUCUAUCAGGAAUUACACAAUGAAUAUCUUACAAAUCUCUUCGCAAAUAAAGUGUAAGCUCCGUGAAUAGAAAAAUAAAAUCUCUUUUAAUGAUAUAAAAGAAUAGUUAAUUUAUUUAUAUAGUUUAAACCCAACCUUACUGUAACAAAAAUAAAUGAGGGUAAAUUACAUUUGUAACGAUUCGAAGAUAAAGUACGUAAGAUUAAAAUUUUAAACACAUAAUAUGUCAAACAAGGUUAUUAUAAUAACAUCUCUAAUGUGUUUGUGAAGCAAUCGUUUCGACAUAUGCACGUUUCACUCGUAAUCAUAACAUGCCCAAACUGGAGAUAAUUUAUAAAUAACCUUGUGAGUACGAAAGCGCAGUGUACUAUUAAAUCAAGUGCAAAAUACAAUAAGGAAGUUAAAGACAUGUAACAAUGCAAA